CGGAAGUUGUCAUCUUUUCUCCACCUUCUCUUGACUUCGAUGUUAUAUAUCAGGUUGGGGAUUUUCAGAAACAGGCGGCAGGGAAAACCUUGGAAAUCGUGAGAAUCUGCAGUCCACCUGGAAAAUGAUAGAACUCCAAAUGCUUCUCAUAAUUAUAAUCUAACACGGUGAUGAUGAGCAGAAAUAGAGUCAGAUCCAAGUCAAACUGUACGUUCACUGUGGCCAAACACCCCUUGGCACCUCUGCUGGUGUUUCCACCACUGACCCAGACAUCUCCAGAAUCGCACCAUGCUCUGUGUGAGAGCUGGACGAGCCUUUAUGGUUCUGUUUGAUCGAUGCAUCAUCCAGGUUUUCCACGCAGCUGCUCUUUUUGCUCUGAUACACUCAUGCAGAGGUCAGUCAGAGGUUAUCGGUCCUCUUCAGCCAGUAGUGGCUUUGAUUGGUGAUGACAUCAUUUUGCCGUGUAACCUGGACCCUGUAAUGGAUGCUUUUGGUUUGGCUGUGGAGUGGGCGAGACCUGACUUAGAUCCCCGAUUUGUCCUCCUGUCGCGGCAUGGUGUGGACCUGGAGUCUAAAAAACAUCCAUCCUACACCAGCAGAACGUCUCUGUUCACAGAUGAACUGAAGAAUGGAAACAUUUCACUGAAAAUCUCCAAAGUCAAACUGUCUGAUGAGGGAACAUACAGGUGUUUUGUUCCAGAGUUGGACAGAUACACUACAGUUCAGCUUGUUGUUGGUGCUGCCUCUUCAUCUGCUGCAUGGAUUAACAGCACCAUCAGCAGCAGCAGGGUGGUGUUACAGUGUGAGUCUGCAGGCUGGUAUCCAGAGCCCGAGCUGCUGUGGUUGGACGGUGAGGGAAACCUCCUCUCUGCUGGACCUACAGAGACCCUCAGAGGUCCUGAUGACCUCUAUACUGUCAGCAGCAGAGUGACUGUGGAGAAGAGACACAGCAACAACAUCACCUGCAGAGUCCAACAGAGGAACACCAACCAGAGCAGAGAGACACACAUACAUGUUCCAGAUGAUUUCUUCAUUGUCAUCAGUCCUCCCAGUAAUCAGACUAAUGACCCAAAUAUCAUUGCUGUGGUCAUCGGUGCUCUCGUUGUGCUCAUUCUGAUUCUUGCCGUUUCCUUUGUUGUCUGGAAGAAGAGACGAGCCAAAUGCAAAAAGAAGAAGAGUGAGGAGGACGGAGCUGAAAUUGGGUUAAAAGGAGAAAGUGAACCACUCAUGAGUGGAAAAGAAGAUGAUGAUGAUGUGGACAGAAGAGAAGCGCAAAUACAUGAAGAUAAAAGAGAAAUCAAACAAGAUCAGUUUGUUUUAGAAACAGAGCGAAUAAAGGACAUCAAGAGUCCACAAGAAGAAAGAAUAAAUCCAUCUAAUGACAGAGAGUCUUUGAUUACAAUAGAACAAGAAACACAUGAAGAACAGGAAGUGACAGGAAGAGAAGAAGAGCAUGAUGUGGACAACAGUGGAGAGAAAAAGUUAAAUGAGGAAAGAGAAAUACAAAAAGGUGAUUAUGAGAAAGAAACGGAGCACAGGCAGGACACCAAGAGUCCAGAAGAGGAGAGGAUGAGUUUGUCUGUCAUCACUAAAAAAGAGCCUGAAUUGGAAAUGAAAGAAAAAACACAUGAAGAACAGAGCAGGAGAGGACGAGAAGAAGAGCAAAAUAUGAACAUGAGAGGAGAGCAGAGAAAUAAAGAUGAAAUACAUUUGAGAAGCACAGAUGAUGACAGGAUAAAUCAGGAUGUUAUGGCUGAAAAAGUGUCUCAGUCUACAACAGAACAACAAACAAAUGAAGUACAAGGAAGAGACGAAGAGGGCGAUGUGGACAACAGUGGAGAGAAAAAGAGGAAAAAGAAACAGAAGAAAAUGAUCAAAAAAAACCCAAAAGAAACAGAGCAAAGAACUGGAUGCCGACAGUUCAGGAACAAAACAUCUGCUGUGGCUGAAACUGGGCCUCAGUUUGAAAUGAAACAAGAAACACAUGAAGAACAGAGCAGGAGAGGAAGAUAUGAAAUACAUAAUGUGGACAUCAGAGGAGAACAGAGAAAUGAAGAUGAAAUACAAACAGGCAGCACAGGUGAUGACAGGAUAAAUCAGUCUGCUAUGGCUGAAAAUGUGUCUCAGUCUACAACAGAACAACAAACAAAUGAAGUAACAGGAAGAGAAGAAGAGGGUGAUGUGGACAGCAGUGGAGAGAAAAUCUUUAAAGCAGAAAACGAAACUCAACAAGAUGAUCAUGAGACAGCUAAGAAGCAAAACCAACAAUUCACAAGAAACGAGAAUAAAUCCAUCUACUGUUAA